AUGUUCCAGGAUUGGUGUGGUCUCCAGGCAGCACGAGACGGGCGACACACCGGAAACGUCGCAAGAAAAGUGGGCGGAGCCAUGUUCCAACGUUGGCUCAAGAAGGAGAGAGCCCAGAAGAUCGUCGCCUCGUCGUCACCCCUUCUGAUGCCGAUGACGUCAUCUUCGCUCGCCGUCAAACAUUUCCUGGAGAUCCCCCUGAGGAAGUUGGAUGCCAGCAGUGGUGAGAGUGGAUCCGAGAAGGUUUUUUUUCAGAUUCAUCCGAAUUUGAAAAAAAUUUAAGGUGUCGCCGAUCCUACACCGACGGAAGAUCCCCAUACCGCUGAUGGAUAGUUUUAAAAGGUUACUUUUCACUUUUACGAUAAAAAUUUUCCUGUGAUUUUUUCAAAUCGCAACAGUCUGACCUGUCUCUUCUCUCUUAACUAAAAAGCGACUGAUAAGAGAAAACGGAUUCCUAAAAAAUAAGUCAAAAAAAGUUUUUGGGAAUUCCGAAAUUUUCUGGUCGCAUUUGGAAUGGCUUCAAGCGUCGCGGCUUACACUCAAAGUCUAGAGGCCUUAGUAUUCCAAUUUCUAACGUCAGAACGCGCAAAUCGUUUUGUGGUCGGGUGCAACCUUCAAAGUAUUCGCGGUCGUUCGCGUUGAGCCGUUCCCCGUGCGACCAUCGAUUGGGCUACUUGGGCUAAAACUCAUUUUUGUUAACUUCCGAAAUUGGAGUUUUUUCUUGGGGAGAAUUAUAAGUUGUUAAAAAAAAAAGGAUUUUUUAAGUUCCGAGCCGAGUUUUCGGAGCCGUUUUCAAUAGUCUUUUGAAAUUAUUUUUGAAAGUCCUGAAGAUCGCAGUCGCACGUGGAAUAGUUCGGUGCGUCGCGGUUGCGUUGCGGCUGAGUUUUAGACUAAAAAUUGAGAUUCAGCAGUUCAUUAUGAUGCUUUACGACCUGGAACGAAAGUUGUUUUAAGUCGGAUGUUUUUUGAAGCAUCUAGGACACCGAGCCAUUCCACAUGCGGCUCUGGGUCUCAAAUUGGGAUUAUUUCGAAUUUAACAGGGUGUGGACUGAUAAAAAAAUAAAUUUCCUUUAUUAGAAAAAAUUUUUUUUUUCAGUAAAAAUUAUGCUUCGAAAGUUUUUUCCAGACCUUUUUCUGAGAAAAUGACUUAAAAUUUUGUUAAUUUUAUAACGAUUUUCAUUUUUGAUUCCGAUGUACAGAAAUUAAUUUUAAUACAUCCCCAAGUUCGUUAGUUUCUUAUCAAUCAAAUGGAGUGUUAUUAAAAAAAUAAAUUAUAUUUUUUUCAAAGAGAAUAAUUUGAGAUAUGAUCUCUUUUGCUGUUAUAAUAUCAAAAAGGAGCGGCUUUUUCUCGUUUUUUUUGUUGCCUCGAACUAAGUAAAAAAAGAUGAGAGUCUUUUUAGAAGAAAACGUAAAAAUAAAAAUUUUUGAAGCUGUAAACUUGAGAAAAAGUGGUUUUUCCUCGCUCCAAAUAGAGUUUCCAGUACAAAUCUACCGAUUUCUAGCCACAAAGCUACUACAAAAUUCGCACUUUUCGCCUUCUACUUAUCUUGUUUCUGAUAUCUCGCUUCAAAGCCAAGGAUUAUCGGAGAAAUCUUCUAUUCAAUUCUCCAAUUCUUUUCAAACCCGACCUCAAUAGCCGACAUCUUCUCGCGUCUCAUCGAUUUCUACAAAUAAAAAUGUCGAGAAGGUAAUUUCCUUCAUCAAAUAGGUGAACUCUUGAAUAAACCGUGGAAAGAGAAUUGUUGACCUUGCGUACAGUGUGAGAGGUCACGGCGGCGAGGAACCUAGUGUGAAUCACUGCGCCUCCCCCUCACCGGCCCUGUGGCCUAAUGGAUAAGGCGUCUGACUUCUAAUCAGAAGAUUGCAGGUUCGAGCCCUGCCUGGGUCAAAACUUUUUGCCAUUUUUAAAGAUCAUUAGGAAUAUGUCCUGAAGGACUUUUUGUCGUGAUUUAUGAGUUGUUGUUGUUUUUGGCUACUCUCCAACCUCGCGUGCAGAAAACUUUGCACCUACAAAUUAUAUUUCUACGGAAAAGGAGGUUUUUUUGAAAGAAAAGUCGGCCUUGUUGACGCAUAUCAGCUAUUUCUUCACAUAUUUAUGUGGCUCCUCGCCAAGUUUCUUAUAAUAUUUCGACAUUUAUGGUGUAUUCCGAGCUUCUAGAUUAUUCUUCUUGGUCGGUUUUCUUAAAAUCUCGGUUUUUCCGUAUUUUUUCCAGAGUUGAGUAGAGUUACCUGAUAACUUCUAUUUUUUUUUGAUUGCUUAUCAAAUUUCUGGAAGUAUAUAACUUCAAGAAUAAACUUUUUCAGCAGAAUUGAAAUAUAAAAGUUAGGAUCAAAACGGAUACUUUCUAUACGAUCUUAAAAAUGGAGUUUUGAGCCUUUUUUGAUUUACUUUACUCGAGUUUUUAUUGCAUUUUUUCUGUCAGAGAUAAGAUUGAAAAGAAAAUUCCUGGUCGCAUGUAGAAUGGCUCGACGCGAUGCGGUUAAAACUAGGUCGAUUUUAGCGGAACUAUCAAAUUUUUUUUUCCGUGCCCACAAAUCGUUUUGGGUCGGUCGCAACUUAAAAUCAACCGCUUUGGGACAUCGAGUGCAUAUCAAGUUUUGAAAAAAACCGUUUUUCCCAGAUUUUUUUCUAAACAAUAUUUUUGAAAAAUUAUCUUUUUUUCAAGCUAAAGAUUGUCUACUUUUUCCCUAGUAGUAAGAAUCAAUAUAAUCAAUAUAAUCAUCACCAUACUUGCUAUUUUUCCCCUAUUUUUUUCUUAAAUUAAUUAUAAUUAUUUCAGCAAUGAGUCGAUGUACUCGGAAAUCGAGGCGCUCACCGUCAUGGAAAAACAACCUGUUUUUUUCCCGACCAAAUUGUUCGUUUUUCUUCCAUUUUUUUCAAAAAAAGAAUAUAUAUUUAUUUAUUUAUGGUCUUGUUGAGAGUCGGUCUCCAUGGCGUCUGCCGACUUCUAAAAAGUAUAGCGGCACUUUGGUCGUCUGAAAAUUGGGCUAUUUUUAGGCUUUUAUAGUCGCGUGGAGGGGAAUCGACGUUAAAAAUGACCUGAAAAUGGAUUUUUUUAUUUUUGAGUUCUGUAGGGACUCUAGGAGAGUUUCAUCAUUUUGAAAAAUUUCAUUUUUUUAACAAAAAAAUAUCACCGAAAUUUUUUUCUGACCUCAAACUUCAGAAAUUUCGAGAAACCUGUAAUUUGAAACCUUCAGUGCUUGAACUCUUAUAAUAAUUAUAAAUAUAAGAUAAUAAAUUAUUAUUCAAAUCUAAUAAUAAUUUGCAAAAAAACUUGAUUUACGGCAAAGUUCAGCGGUCAAAAAGCAGGCUCUUCGAUUCAUUCAUGCGCAAGUCGUUUUGAGUCGGGUGCAAGUAAAUUUUCAUUUUUUCAGACAUCUAGUAGUGAGAUUGAUUUUUGAAAAAAAGAACAAUUUUUAGGUCACCUUUUUCGUAUGAUAAGCGUUAUAGGAAGUUAUAUCUUUGAAACAUUUUUUUAUUGCUUUUUUUACUAAUAAUCAUUUCAUCCUGUGCACCAAAAAUGAGUAGGUUACUGUAGGACAACGCUUCAAGACCUUUUUUUCACUUAAUUUUUCAAACAAGCUUUUUUGAGUAUGUAACCUUCUAAAAAUAACAAAAAAUGUAGGAAAUUCACACGCUUUUUCUUAUCGUAAUUGUUUUCGGCUCGGUGUGAUUUAUGUCUGAAUGUUUUUUUCCGCUCAAGCCGUUUUCGACCCCCGAAUCAACUUUACUUUUUUUUCGCUAAAAAUAUUUUAUAACUUUAAGUUUCCAGUUCGUUUCAUUUUGAGCCGUUUUUGCUCGUUCAUUCGGCUCAAAAGGUGUGAAUUUUGAAAAGUUCUUGAGCCAUGUUUUUUGAGGGAAAAAAUUGAUUGAGUAGGGUUAAAAAGAAUUUAAUGUUUGCAAAAAAAUAUUUUUUUGAGUUCUUUCUUUCUGAAAUCACUGAUCUCACGAAGACUAACAGAAAAAAAGAGAAACGGGAAAAAAAUUCAAAAAGGAAAUCUGAAGAAAAAGUUGUUUGAAUUGUUUCAUUGAUAUCAAUAUCAUGAUAUAUUUUUUUCGGUUUUUCAUGUUUUAUAAUAAUAGCUUUAUUCACUGCAUACUGUUAGAAAAAUAAUAAUUUUUUUGAUCUUAAAAAUCAAGCCGAAAUUCCUAUCAGUUCCGACGAUUUGGAGGAUAUCUAUGUAUAAUCGACUUCUUAAAAAUAACAUAAUAAAUUAAGAAAAAAAUUGGAUUAGGAGCAAAAAAACCGAGAAAAACAUCAAGAUUCGAUUAGAUAUUCUCAUGAAAAAUUUAGAGUUACCGUAUCAAAAUUCAAAUAUUUUUUUCUAAGAAAAACUGAGAAUCUCAAAAUCAAAAAUUUAUACCCAAAACUUCAUUUAGUUUCGAUGAACUCAAGGAUUCAUACAUCAAUUUUUCAAAAGAACAAAAUAAAUCGAGAAAAGUUGGCUCACCCAGAUAAAGCAUCAAAAUUUGAUUAGAAAUCAAGUUUUUUUUCUUCUUUUUCAUGAAAAGUUGUUCAACUGUGUAGAUUCUUCUAAAACAAAAAAGAUAAGAAUUUCGAAGUGAAAACAACGUUUCGAAUUCCAAUUAGUUUCGAUGAACUCAAGGCUUUCUUCUUCCUCCCAUUUCCAUUGAUAUAUUUAUCGGUUGGUCGUUGCCUGGGGCGACCACCGAACCAAUUCUCCUUUUCAAGCUGCCCCGAACUCAUUCAUUCAUUCAAAGGAAUUCUCCAAAUUUCUUACUUUUUCUCCUCAGUUUUUUGAAAAUUUCGACUCUUUUUCAGAGUUACAAUCUGAGAUUUUUAAAGAAUAACCUAGAAAUUUUAAUUUUUCGAACUGUUUUGUUAGGACCAAAUUUUUUCAACGCUAUUUAAUCAUGGAAAUUCCCCAAGUUUUCCUUUUUUUUUUCCUCUUUUCGAUAACUUUUUGAUGAACUUUGACUUUUUAUCCAACAAUUCGAAAAGGAAUUGAAUUUUGCAAUUUGUUCUUUCAGGUCUAUUUUAUUCAAAGUUUCUAGGAUUCCUUAAUUAUUUUUUUCAAGUUUUUUUCCAAUUUUAUCGUUGAUUUUUUUGGUAUUUUUUUUCCUGAUAUUAAAAUCAGGUCGAUCAAACCGUUUUGUUUUCUGGUUUUAAAUGAAAAAAAUUUUUCUUUUUUUUAAUUAAGGAUAUGUUUUGAAGAGAAAUUUUCCCGGAUUUUCUAGAUCUAAUAGUUAUUUUUUUUAAUCCUAUCUUCAUAGGUGUCAUGAUUCUUUUCCAUUUUCUUUUUUCUUAUAUCAUUUUUUCUCCCAUUUUUAUAUUUUUUAAUGAUAAUUCAUCUCAGAAACGGCCGACGUCGAUGUGAAGCGAUGGAUAAGUACGAGAGGCUGGCGAAAAUCGGCGAAGGGUCCUAUGGAGUCGUUUACAAGUGCAGGAAUAAGGAAAAAUGGCCAGGUUUUUAUUAAAUAAAUCUUUCUUUUCACGAAAAUAAUUUUUAUAAUCUGAAAAAAGAGUUUGAACUGUCCCGUUCGUUGAUUGGAUUUUAAUGGAAGUUUCUUAUGGUCUCAAUUUUUUUUUUUCGGUGACAGUUUGUGACUUCGCUUGUAUCCUGUCUUGUUUAAAAGCGAAACUCUAUUGAAUGGUUUGUAUAAAUUGAAUUUAUUUUUAAUGACUUAAAAAAACGUUUUUUCAACAGUAAGAAUGUCUCUAACCGAGAAAAAUCGAAAAAAAAAAAUUAAAUAGCUUUUUUUUUUUGAUACGACGCUCCGUUGGACCAUUAUUAGGUUUAAAAAAAGCUGAAGAUAUUUUUUUAAGACUUUUAAUCAGGUUUAAACUGAUUUAGAUCUAUAUUUAAUUGAUUAUCGAGAAAUUUCGAAAAUGCCAUUUUUCCAUUUAAAAUCGUCUUUUUCUAGUAUUCAUGACAGUUUAUAAAGAAGUUUAAGUAAUUUUUUUUUCUGCUUUAACGGUACUUCUUUUUGUAAGAUCAAAGAUUUUUUAAGAGCAAUUUGUUGAAUUUCUAUUUUCUCAUUUUUUUGAUGACUUUUUUUUCUGCUUCAUCCUGUUUUCUGAACAGAAUGAUAUUAUUUUUUUUAAAGUUUUCUCUCGAGACAGAUAAUUGUACACUAUCAUGAAUAAUCACUAUUUGCAAGACAGCUGCUUUUAAUUAUAAUCAUUUGGCGGUUAUUUUUUUGACGAGCCGUGAUGAUUUCGUGAUAUUCCAAUAGCUCGUAAUAGAAAAAAAUAUCAUCGAGAAGUGUUUUGAACCUUAUUUUUUUUAAUAAAAAAAUAUUUUCGAACUUUCCGAGUUAAAAACUAAAAAAAUAUGGCGGAAGAUGGCUAUUCUCGGAAAAAAAUCCAGCUUUUUUUCAAGGAAAUUUCAACUUCAAAAUCUUUCUGAAAACUCGAAAAUUGGUCAAUUUAUAGACCCUUUCGUCUCUGGCUUUUUCAAAAAUUUUGUAGAAAUUUCAAAGUUGAAGCUUUUUGGAUCAAUAAAUUCUCAUUUUUCAGAUCGUGGCCAUCAAAAAAUUUGUCGAAACCGAAGACGAUCCCCACAUUAAGAAGAUUGCACUACGGGAAAUCCGAAUGUUAAAAGUUUAUACCCAAAAAAGGCCUUUUGAAUUAAUUGUCGAUUUUUUUUAGCAACUGAAACAUCAAAACCUUGUCGGUUUGAUCGAGGUCUUUAAGAGGAAUCGAAAAUUGCAUCUGGUUUUCGAACUAUGCGAUCGGACUGUACUACACGAGCUGGAGAAACAUCCAAAUGGGUCCGUUUUGGAGAAAUAAAAUAUUCUCAGAGUUUAAUUUAUUUUUUAAACUUUGCUCUAUUGAUUGUAUUGAGCUAUGGUUCUCAUUGACUUAUUUAAUACUUAAAAAAUCACGAAAAAAGCGGGAAUUAAAUGGGCGUGGCCAGCCUAUCAGUAACACUGUUCCUUAGAGCAAACUUUGAAAGAAUAUUUGAGCCAAAAUGAACGAUUUCCAAAACUUGAUCAAGUUUUCAGAGUCCCCGAUGAGUUGACGAGAAAAAUCACUUAUCAACUUCUUGAAGCCCUACGGUUUUGUCAUAAUCACAAGUGUAUCCACAGGUAAUAUUUGAAAAUAUGUCAUUCGUAUAAAAUUUUGAAAUUUCAGAGAUGUAAAGCCAGAGAAUAUAUUUUUAACUAGGAGUGAUCAGGUCAAACUCGGCGAUUUCGGAUUCGCGAGGAUCAUUAGUGAGUUUUCAGCCUGAAAUUCUGAAAAAAAACCCAGUUUGUAUUAGAAUUUUUUUUUUUGAUUGAGCGACUGUUAAAUUCAAAGUGAAGGGGUCUGAAAAUCAUUAUUUUCUUUUCCGUUAAUUGCAUGGGCUUUUUAUUUUUGGAUUAAAGUUUAAAAUAAAAAUUCAUGUUCUCUAGAAAGUUGUUCAUUUUCCGUGUUGCUUCAUAGUUUAUAUCGUCGUUCACUAUUUUUAGAAGAUUUUUUUAAUUUUGUUAAGAAAAAUAAUGAAUAUUAAAAAUUGAAGACACGACGGAGAUGUACACGGAUUACGUUGCGACACGAUGGUAUCGGAGUCCAGGUCCAUUUUUGACUUUUUCCCGAAAAAAACCUCGGAAAAAUGGGGGCGGGGGCGGAUAAUUUAUUAGCUUUAGAAAAUCACUCAGCAUCAGGAAGCAAAUUUUCAUAGAAAAUUACGAGAAUUGCGGCUUUUUUGCUGCCUUAUUUCAGCCUCUCCCUUUUAGCGGCCAUUAUCCACCAUUCCGACCUUACCCGAGUACAAGGAUGUUGUGACCAAAACGGUUUUUUGUAUAUUUUUUAACGGUGUACUGCAGAUGUACUUGGAAGCUAUUAAACGAUCCUUUUCAAGAAUUACUGGUUGGAGACGUUCAAUACGGGCCUCCAGUUGACAUUUGGGCCGUCGGAUGUGUCUACGCCGAACUAAUGACGGGAGAAGCUUUGUGGCCGGGUCGGAGCGAUAUCGAUCAGCUUUAUCUGAUCAGAAAGACGUUAGGUUGGUAAUAUUUUGUUUUUUUUUCUUCCGCGAGAAAGGCUUUUUUUCCAUUUCAUUCCGUGUUCAGAGGAAUUUCCGCGAAAUUCGAAAUAAACAGUCUCCAAAAUCAGAAAUUAUUUUUCAUUCUCUCUCUAAUUUGGUCAUCGUAGAUUCACUCCGAAGACGGAUUUAUCAUGUUAUUCAGCCUUAGUAAAUAAAUUAAUGGUAAUUUUCAAGAAUUUUUAAAUCAAAAAUUGAAACAAAUAAUAUCCAUUUUCUGUAGUUAACUUUUUGGCAAGUCGAAUCUCAAAUUUUUCUGAAAAUUUGAUUUCGACGAUUUUCUAAACAUUCUCGGAAUAAAAAAAGAGUUCAAACUUAGUAAAGAUCUGAUAGAAACUGAGAAACUGAAUUAUUUGAUUGAAAUGUUUAGAAAAAGUUCAAAUUUUUUUCUUAUUUCGGCUUUUUUUCUGAUUUUUUUCUUAUUUUUUUCUUUUUUUCAAAGCGAAAUCUGAUUUUUUUCUUCUUCUUGAAGCGCUUUUUGAAUGAAAUAAGCUUCAAGUUUCGAAAUAAAACUUUUUUUACAUUUAAAAAUUACAGAAAUCAUGAAAUUCAUGCAGAAAGUGUGAAAGUUUCUUUUUAAAUUUUUUUAUUUUGAAUUUUUUUACCGAUCAAUUUUCAGGCGAUUUCCUACCACGACAUCUCUCAAUUUUUCCGUGCCAACCAAUUUUUUUCUUCGGCCUUUCGAUCCCAGAACCCGAGCAAAUGGAGCCGUUGCCGCAGAAAUUGCCCAACUCUAGCAGUUCUCAACUCGAUUUUCUAUGUGUAAUAAUACUUUUUCCAUUUCAAAGUGCAUUUCAAUGCUUCAGAAAUGUUUCGAAAUGUCGCCGGACCGGCGGUGGAGCUGCAGUGAGCUUCAACAACACCCGAUUUUCCAAAAUUGGACUUUGAGGCUUCGAGCCGAUGAAAGCGUCAUCACCUAUACUGGAAGUAAAAAAAGGUAAAAUUUGUAAUAUUUAGGCUUCUUAGGUGAAAUUGUGAACAGAAAAAAAUUUUUUUGGAGAGGUUAUCCACAUUUUUUUUAUAAAAAAAUAAAAAGUUUUAUCUAAAUUAUCACGCGUAACAAUCUGACUUCAGCCUCCAUUUCCUCUAAAAAGUUGUUGGAUCUGCUGAAAUUUCCCCUAAGGUAGCCACUUAGGGGUCCGAAUUUAUUAAAUUAGAAAUUUGAACGUUUCCGGUCAGGGAAUGAAAAAAUUCCGUCAAAAAUGUUUUUCUUGAAAGUCAACUUUAACCGUUUAUAAAAAAAAUGUUGUUUAUUCGGAUCAAAAUUUUUUGAAGCCUUUUUUCACUGAUUUGAUUAUCUGGAACCUCUGGGUUCACUUUGAUGAAAUAAAUCCGAUUUUCCAGAGCCCCAACUACCUGCCCUUGUUGACCAACAACAACGUCAACAUCAGCAACAACAACACGAACAACAACGUCGUCGUCAAGCAGUUCAGCAUCCCGCCCGUGACCUCCAAUGGGAAUCCUCCCAGGAACACUUAUCUGCCCACGAUAUAA